GGUUACAAGCUUCUGGCACAGCCUCUGAGGCUCGCAACGAUGAGUCUUGCACAUCUAACUCGCGUAAUUGGAGCCUUAUAAAUGAAGAUAAGCUUAAGUUGUCAGUAAUGUACUUGCAUGUGAUUGAUUGAACUAAAGGAUGCCACCAAGAGCACGCGCCGGUGAUGCAAAUGGGCGUGGCGCAGCUGGAGGCGCAGCCCAGGCGCCCGAGCCAGCAGGGGAGAGCGCCGUGCUGCGCAGUCUGCGGGACCUGGCUGCGUGCUCGCAUGAGCUAGCCGCCGCGCUCACGCCCCGUGUUCGCCGAGUCCUUUUAGGGCUUCGUACCACCCUGGUCGCGCUGGACGAGCUGGAGGUGCAACCGGCGUGGUCUUACGUCUGGACGCAGCCCCGACUGCGAGUCCAGCUGUUCAUGGCGCUGAGCUUUAGCACCAGGCGCCUGGCGCAGGCGGCGCUGCUUGAAGAUGCAGACGACGACGAAACCUACGCGGCCUUGUUUCCCUGUUUCCUGGCGCUGGGCAGCGCCUAUCAGUCCAUGUUUGGCGACUUGCACCGGCCCCGGGUGCCGCUCGAGGUGCGCAACGGCAUGGUGAAGCUGGCGAUGGACAGCCAGUUCCUGCAGGCCCUCACACGCCUUGCCGCAGCGGUGGGGGAGGCAGAGGUGCGAGAGGCGCAGCGGCGCUGCGCCCAACUGAGCUCACUGCGCUCUGCGCGAGCCCUGCGCUCUGCCACCUCCGACGCUAAACCUUUAAGCACGCGGCUGAUGAUCGAGGGAAAUUGCAUCGGGCUGCUGACCACGUUUGUGGGCGUGGCGAUGGACCUCAAGGGCGCGCACGUGCGUCGGGUGCAGGAUGCAAUGGAGGCGAGUGAGGCGCUAAGCUGCAUCGCACACGUAGUGGUGCGCAUGGUAGCGGCCUAUGCCGAGUUGGACGCGGCCAAAGAGGCGGCAGCGACGGCCGUUGCCGUGGCUGGGGCCAGCGCGUCUGGCAGCCGCGCCGCUGCGGGCUCCGGCGGCCGAGGUGGCACAGGCGGCAGCGCAAGUGGAUCCGGCGCCCAGCAGCCGCCCAACCAGUUCCCGGUUCGCGACACCGCAGCCGAGCACUACAAUCGUGUGUGCAAGUGCGCCCACGUCAUGUGGGGCACCUACGUGAAGUUCCACAGCGAGCUGGCCGUAGCAGACCCGGCCGCUGCCGCCGCCGCCACGAAGCUGCACGCCACGCUACGGUGGAUGGAGCGCUCGCUGUCGCGCCCCUGCGUGCAGCACCUGCUGCUGCAGCACGUGCUGGCGCAGGUGGUGGCGGUGGACGCUGGCAGCAGCUACGGCCUUACGCCGCAGCAGCUGCUGCCUGCUGUUAAGGCGCCGCUGGUGCAUGCGUCGUGCCACACGCUCGGGUACAUGGGCGGCGCUGCUGCCGGAGGCGGCGCGCGUGCCGGCGGCACCCGUCACGACUCCAUCACGUUGCUGCUGCAUGCGGACACGACGAACUCGGCCCUAGAGAUAUGGACGUUGGCGACCUUGCCAGCCGCCGCCGAGGCGCCUGCUGGCGGCGGCAGUAGCAGCAGCGGCGGCAGCAGUAGCAGCAGCAGCGCACGGCGCCCUGCACAUGAGUUGGAGCAGCAGCAGCAGCAGCAGCAGCAGCAGCAGCAGCAGCAGGCCUGUACGGAAUGGCCGCCGGCGGACUGGCCGCCCGGUACUCCGUGGCAGUUGUCCAACGGCGCGGUCACCGUGGGCCGCCCGGGCAGCGGCGGGCGGAGCGGGCAGCUGCGGCGGCCGCCGAUGCCGGUCGGGGCGCUGGAGGCUCUGCUGCUGCGGGUGGCGGAGACCCGUCUGGCCAGCCUGGUGCAGGGUUUGCUCUACAACCUAGAACAGGAGGGGAGCGCGGGCCGCGCGGGAAAGCUCUCGGAAGCGGAUCAGGCACGCACACUUUUGGCGCUGGUCACGCCGGCGGCGGUUGCGCCGCCCGCCGCGCCUGGCUUGUACUUCUCCCCGCGCGGCAGCCUUGCGGUGGCCGCCAGGGCGCUUGUGCUCGCUGUGACAAAUCGCAGCGACCACGCCAGGGCUCGGUGGCAGCAAAAGCAGCUGGAGAAGAAGCAGAAGCAAGGCGCAGCGCCGGUUGACACGAGUGCCUCUGGCCCUGUGUCCGAGGCGGACCUGCAGGGUGACGUGAGGCGGCUCUGGCUGCCCAUUGCGCGGGUGGCGCACGCGUGUGUGGAUACGGCGGUGGUGUGUGGCACGGACUUCGGCAAUGUUGGGGUGGACGGCUCAGGCCCGGUCGCGGACAACUACCAUGAGGUAGUGGCGGCGCUGCCGCUAGUGGAGCGACUCAUGUCGCAAUGCGGCGGCCCGAGGGUGCCCCCGCUGCCGCCCGGCCGCAACGGGCUCUUCACGCUGCCGCCGGCGCCGCUGCCCGGCCAGGCCGCCGCGCUGGAGUCCGGCUACCUACCAGCACUGGAGCGGCUGUUGCGGGCGCUGCACCGCACUCGCGGCUCCAAGCGGGAGCAGUGCCACGUCCUGCUGGGCGGCUUUGGCCUUUUCGUCAGCCACGCCCGGGCCUUCGAGCCCACCUGGGCCGUGGCCUUCGCGUACGGCCAGCCGCGGGAGGUGGCGUCGCUCGUUGCCACGUCAGCCACGGUGCUGCAGCUGCUGGCGCUCACCACGGACGGCACCCAUGAGCAGGUCUCCUCGGUGUCGCUGGGCGGCGCGUCCGCCGGCACCACCGUCGUCCAUGUCGCCCAAGACACGCCGCGCGAGAUGGCCAUGCGCCGCGGCCUGCUGCACGGACCCAACAUGCUGCGGGGGCUGCUGACGUGGCUGGCAGACUCGGCGGCAGGAGAGGCGGGCGCAGCCGCAGCGGCGGCGGCGGCGGCGGCGGCGGGGCUUGCGCCGGGGGAGUGCUGGUGGCAGCGGCAGUGGAGCCGGCGGCUGGCACCGCAGCUGGGAGCCGCAGGCCCCAGCGGCAGCAGUGGCACCACCACCAACAACACCAACACAAUCACUGCCACGGGCAGCAUCAGCACCAGCAGCAGCACCAGCAGCAGCACCGCCACCAGCAGCACCAGCAGCGCCAGCGCCCUGACGUGCGCGUCCGACUGGGGCCUACCGCAGCCGGCGCUGCAGGCGCUCGCAAUGUCCAGCUUCACGCUCCAGCGCUGGCUCAAGUCCGUGAGCCGCGCCGCCCGCCACCUGGCCGCGAAGGCGCACGAGCUGGCGCUCGUUGUUUGGGACCUUGCCCCGGGCGACCCAUUGAUCAAGGCUGCGUGUGGCCUGCCGUCCAAUCCGGACCAGGACCAUGACGAUGACUGUGGCCACAUCGGCACCCACACCCGUGCCGCGGCGGGUACGGCGCGACUCGUGUUCCAGGCUGCGGCGCCGCUGGUGCACGCGUUCACCCUGUGUAAGGAAUUUGCAGAUGCGGCGCGGGCGCGGGAAGGCAGCAACAGCAGCAGUAGUGGCACCGCUGGAGGCGGAGGUGGAGGCGUUGACACUGGCGAGGCCAAGGCGGUGGCGGCAGAGGCCGAGGCGGCGGCUGAGGCGUGGAAGCAGCUAUUACUGGAGUGCCUGCCGCCCUGCAUUGCAUCUGUGGUGCAGUUGCUGUGCGUCGGAGCCGGCCCGCAGGCCACGGACGCUGACUUCGGCUGGCUAGCACACGCACUGUUGCAGCUGGCCACCGUGGUGCCGGAAGAGCUUUUCGGCAAGCUUGGGGACGUGAUUGUGCCGCCCUCCGGCCCCCGUGCACGUAUGACGGUAUCCAAGGCGCUUGGAGCCAUUAUGUCGCUGCGGUUCAGGGAGGUUCCAGGCAAGGAGGCAGAGCUGCGCGUGGUCACGGAGGCGCUGGAUGUUGCCAAGGCCGUGCAGGACCGCAGCGGCCGGCUUGCGCCUGGAGAGCGGGAGGCGAUGCUGGCGGGCUGCGCAGCGACCGCCGGCUGGCGUGCCAUGGACAGCGGCGCGCCUGCGCAGCCGGACUGGGCGCGCCGCGUGGGGGCGCUGCUGCCGCCGCCCGCCCUGGCAACGGAGCUGCUGGGGCUGGGGGGCUGUCCGGCCCUGGAGGGCUGCAGCAACGGCGCGUGCGUGCGCAUGCCGGGGGCCAGCGCGGCGGCGGCGCCGGCGUUGCGCUGCGGCGGGCGGUGCGGCGGCGCUGUGCUGUACUGCUGCGGUGACUGCCAGGCGGCGCACUGGAAGGCGGGGCACAAGGCGGCGUGCGGCAAGAAGUGAAUCAGGCGAAGGGGGUUUGCAGCAAACGGCGUGUGGACCCAUACGCUGCUCAUGCCGUACAUUGUGAAGGCUGGAUGAAACACGGCUGUUGGCGCCCGACCGCCUAUGCUGUGUUCGCGAUACGGGCAGGCGCCAUGUCGCAUGCCAGGCAGGGCCGGCAGUCGUCACGGACCAAACAGUUGUACCUUUGCUCAUUAUGCGGUAGCAUUGGGUUGGAGUUAAAUCGUCUUGCGCGGGGCGGGGCGGGGGAAUCAGGCACCGCCAGGCACAUGAAUUAAAGCGACGGGAAGUCUCGAAGGUCACCAAGAGCUGUGAGGAAGUUGCGGAACAGUAGUUUGGACCCGGCGCCGUAUCUUAAACCUAGAAUGACAGACCUUCACACGUUGUAAUCGCACGCAAUCGCCUGAUGUGAAGCUCUUGAAGAUGACCCCAAUCCCUGAUUUGGUCGACCUUUAUGUUUUCUCGAAGAUGAAGGGAGCGAAGGCCUCGCCAAAGUUUACGCGGGGGAGGAGGCUGAGUGUUCCAGGCAAGGUUCCAGGGCUAUGAAGUCGGGCAAAGGUCACGGGGUAUGCACCGCAGCCAGUUGACCGGAUGCUGCGUCAGUUGUCCGAGCGCAAGGGGCUCGUGCCUGAACAAACGUUGUGAAGGGGCUGGCAGGGCGGCGAGGCCGGUGAAAGUUGCCGGUGUCGCGGAAGGUGGGGCAGCUCCCACGCCAGGGCCCCACAUUAAUAGACAUUGUA